ACCAAUUCAGAGCUAUUUCCUCAUUUUUUCUUCGUCCCCGUCUCCACAUUUCUUGCGUUCUCCCCUCUCUCCUCCUCCCUCUUUCUCUCUCAGCAGUGGUUUGGUGUUGGUGUGGUGAUAAAUCGAAGGGAGGGAGGAAGAAGCCAGGAAUUUCAUAGGAGCAGAGUGGGGAGACCGGAGACGGGGGCUAGCAGUAUAGGGGCGUACCUCGAACCGGCCGUGCGCGUUGAUCUAGGGAUUUAAACGUGCUUCUCAAUAUUUUAGUUUCUGCAUAAGGCCUUGGAAUCAUGGUUUCAAAGUCUUACUCCAAUCUUCUAGAAAUGAGCGCUGGAGAUGGGGUUGACUUCCGGCAACCUUUUAAGUCUCUUCCUCGUGUGGUGACCUCUCCUGGCAUUAUAACUGAUCCUGAAUGGGAUUCAAGAAGUGAUGAUGAUUUUGUUGGUUCGACAUCUUUUGCUGAGAGGAAAAUAAUUGUGGCCAACUUCCUUCCCCUAAACUGUAUGAAAGAUGAAGCGGGGCAAUGGUCUUUCUCAAAAGAUGACGAUGCACUACUCAUGCAACUGAAAGAUGGUUUUACAGAUGGGACCGAUGUUAUCUAUGUGGGCAGUUUGAAGGUUCAAAUAGACCCCAGCGAGCAGGACCAUGUGGCACAGAAACUUCUUACAGAAUAUCGAUGCAUACCCACUUUUCUCCCUUCUGACCUACAGCAGCAGUUCUACCAUGGCUUCUGCAAACAGCAGCUGUGGCCGCUUUUCCAUUAUAUGCUCCCCAUUUGCCUUGACAAAGGUGAGCUCUUUGACCGCUCCCUGUUCCAAGCCUAUGUCCGAGCCAACAAAAUCUUUGCUGACAAAGUUAUGGAAGCAAUCAAUACAGAUGACGAUUGUGUCUGGGUUCAUGAUUAUCAUCUCAUGCUUCUCCCAACAUUUUUGAGAAAGAGGUUGCACCGAAUAAAGCUUGGUUUCUUCCUGCACAGUCCAUUCCCCUCCUCAGAAAUCUAUAGGACACUGCCUGUAAGGGAUGAGAUCCUGAAGUCAUUGCUUAAUGCUGAUCUCAUUGGUUUUCAAACUUUCGACUAUGCCCGCCACUUCCUUUCUUGUUGUAGCAGAUUGUUAGGACUGCAUUAUGAAUCAAAACGUGGUUACAUUGGAAUAGAGUAUUUUGGCCGAACAGUGAGCUUGAAGAUCCUCUCAGUGGGUGUCCAUGUUGGGCGGCUUGAGUCCAUCUUGAAUUCGCCCGCCACAGUUAGCAAGGUUCAAGAAAUUGAACAAAGGUACAAGGGCAAGAUGCUGAUGUUAGGUGUUGAUGACAUGGACAUCUUCAAAGGGAUCAGUCUAAAACUGCUUGGGUUGGAGCUUCUUCUAGACAGGAAUCCAGAUCUUAGAGGGAGGGUGGUCCUUGUACAGAUUGUCAAUCCAGCUAGAAGCUCAGGGAAGGAUGUGGAGGAAGCAAUAACAGAAGCUAGCUGUGUAGCUGAAAGGAUUAAUGUUAAGUAUGGUUCUGCAGAUUACAAGCCUGUUGUCCUCAUUGACUAUAGUAUUCCAUUUUCUGAAAAGAUUGCAUUCUAUGCUGCAUCUGACUGUUGCAUUGUAAAUGCUGUGAGGGAUGGCAUGAACUUAGUGCCAUAUGAGUACACUGUUUGCCGGCAGGGAAAUGUUGAGAUGGAUAAGCUCAGAGGUGUUGAGAAAAACUCCCAUCACACGAGCACACUGAUUGUGUCGGAGUUUGUUGGUUGCUCCCCGUCUCUCAGUGGUGCUUUCAGGGUAAAUCCUUGGAGUGUUGAUGAUGUGGCUGAUGCUUUACACCAUGCAACAGACUUGACUGAAUCUGAGAAAAGACUGCGACAUGAGAAACAUUAUCGCUAUGUCAGUACUCAUCAUGUUGCUUACUGGGCACGCAGCUUUAUUCAAGAUCUUGAACGGGCAUGCAAAGAUCACUAUAGCCGGAGGUGUUGGGCUAUUGGGUUUGGUCUGAAUUUUAGAGUUAUUGCUCUUUCUCCUGGUUUCAGAAAGCUAUCUUUGGAGCACUUUGUUUCUUCUUAUAACAAGGCUACCAGAAGGGCAAUAUUUCUUGACUAUGAUGGUACACUCGUGCCUCAAUCAUCAAUCAACAAAGCUCCGAGUGCAGAAGUAAUUUCUAUUCUUAACAGCUUAUGUGAUGACUCAAAGAACGAUGUAUUUAUAGUCAGUGGAAGAGGGCAGAAUUCACUUGAUGAGUGGUUUAAUCCAUGUGAAAAGCUUGGUAUUGCCGCGGAACAUGGUUAUUUUGUCAGAUGGAACAAAGCUGCUGAAUGGGAGUCAAACUAUUCAAUUCCAGACCGGGAAUGGAAGCAUAUUGCUGAACCUGUCAUGCAGGUAUACACUGAAACAACUGAUGGAUCCUUCAUAGAGGCAAAGGAAAGUGCUCUAGUAUGGCACUAUCUGGAUGCGGACCACGAUUUUGGUUCCUGCCAAGCAAAGGAAUUAGUGGACCAUCUUGAGAGGGUGCUAUCGAAUGAACCAGUUGGUGUGAAGUGUGGUCAUUUUAUUGUAGAAGUCAAACCACAGGGAGUUAGCAAGGGGCUUGCUGUAGACAAGCUAAUUCACACGUUGAUCAACAAUGGGAAGGCUCCAGAUUUUCUGAUGUGCAUUGGCAAUGAUCGAUCCGACGAGGACAUGUUUGAAAGCAUCAAUAGCAAGGCCUCCAGUUCUGUGUUCACGACAGCUCCGGAGGUCCUUGCCUGCUCUGUUGGCCAAAAGCCAAGCAAAGCAAAGUACUAUGUGGAUGAUACUGCUGAAGUAAUCAGAUUACUCAAGAAUGUAAGCGGUGUUUCAUCUCAACCGGAGGUUGUCAGCCAGGGACGCGUAACCUUCCGAGAUGUGCUGGAUUAUGUGGAGUAAGCCACCAGCUGGACUUGCUAGCUGUGGAUCAUGUACAUACCAAAGGUCCUAAUCUGCAAUGUGUCGCCCAGAAUCCUAGACUAGCCAAUAUGAAUCACCACCAACAGUCAGAACCUGCAAGGUCAAGUUUGCCAUUUGAAGUCAGAUGGCGAAUAUUUAGGUAGUUUUUUGGUAGGGAAGGAGUGAUCCUGAUCGAAAUUUGCGGCGCGAAAGAAAAGCCCUUCGCUUGUGCCUUUUGCUGCUGUCUGCUUCAUUCACUUACUAGUGACUGUCUGAAUCUAAUCUCCUGCCCUAUUUGAUGUGUUGGCUUUCUGAACUUCUCUUGGAGAAACUUAGUGUUAUGAGUCCUAACUUA